GCACGCACACGCAUUCCUGCACCUGCCCCUCCGCUCCGCUCCGCUCCGGUGCGGCGGUGACCUCCCACCGGCUGGACGGAGUGCCAUCUCCUUCCCCUUUAUAUAUUCUCCUUCGCUGCCCCUCUCCCUCUCUGAAACCUUCACGUUCCCUUCCCAGUUCCCACUCCAUCUCUCUUCUAGUUUUCUUCCUCCUCUUCUUUCUUCCUGCACCCUUUGGUACUAGCCAUCGCUCCCAUCCAAGCUCAUCGUCCUCACAGAUCGACCGACGGAUCAGGCCACACGCCCCCAAUCAAUACUCACUCAGGACUACUAGCUAGCUUCGAGUAAGCAAACAAACAUGGCGUCGUCUUCUCCGUCCUGCCGUGGCGGCGGCAAUAAGGCGGACGUGGACCGGAUCAAGGGCCCCUGGAGCCCCGAGGAGGACGAGGCCCUGCAGCGGCUGGUGGCCCGCCACGGCGCCCGCAACUGGUCACUCAUCAGCCGCUCCAUCCCGGGUCGCUCCGGCAAGUCGUGCCGCCUCCGGUGGUGCAACCAGCUGUCGCCGCAGGUGGAGCACCGCCCCUUCACGCCCGAGGAGGACGACACCAUCCUCCGCGCGCACGCAAGGUUCGGCAACAAGUGGGCCACCAUCGCGCGCCUCCUCUCCGGCCGCACCGACAACGCCAUCAAGAACCACUGGAACUCCACGCUCAAGCGCAAGUACUACGCCGCUUCCGCCGCCGACGGCGAUGCGGCAAACGGAGGUGCAGCGGAUGCCGACGACGAGCGCCCGCUCAAGCGCACCAGCAGCGACGGACACCCGGGGCUCUGCUUCAGCCCCGGAAGCCCGUCCGGGUCCGACCUCAGCGACUCCAGCCACCACAGCCUUCCCUCCGUCAUGCCGUCAGCCGCUUCUGCUGCCGCUGCCGCCGUCACCUCCCAGCAGCAGCAGCAGCAGCACGUGUACCGCCCCGUGCCGCGCGCGGGCGGCGUGGUCGUGCUCCCGGUGGCGCCGCCUCUUGCGCCGCGGCCGCCUUCUCCUCCUCCUCCUCCUCCGCCGCAGCAGCAGCCGCCUCCGGCGACCUCCUUGUCGCUGUCCCUCUCCCUGCCAGGGCUGGACCAGCAGCCCGAACCAUCCCCAGCGACGGCACCGCCUCAACCUCCUGUACAGAUACAUCAGCAUCAGGCAGCUCCUCCUCAGAUGCCGCCGCCGCCGCCACAAGCCCAACCGAGUCCGAGGUUGCCGUUCCAGCUGCAGCCGGCGCCGGCGACGAACCUCACGUCGCCGCAGCCGGCGGCAGCAGCGCCGUUCAGCUCGGAGUUCCUGCUGAUGAUGCAGGAGAUGAUCCGGAUCGAGGUCCGGAACUACAUGUCCGGGUCGGGCUUCGACCCGCGCGCCGACGGCGCCUCCGUGCACGCCGUGACCAAGCGCAUGAUGGGCAUGGCCAAGAUCGAGUAGUUUCAGCAGACAGCAGCAGCAGGCGUCCAAGAUCAGGAAGGAAUCGCCGAUCGAUCCGCGGCGGCCACCGCGUGUAUGAACCAAGAACAGCGUGUACAAACCAAACAGAGGCCGUGCCGUGCCGUGCCGUGCGGUGCGGCAAGUGAAGAGAAGAACGAGCGAGCUCCAUCCAUCGGCUUUUUAGCUCAUGCUAAGCCGCCGUCGUUUAAACAAAUUCCUUUGUUAAUCUAGCGAUCUCUCUAUCUUUUCUUCUUCUUCUUCUUCUUCAAUUUUUGGCCCCAUGCCAUGUCCCCAAGUAAGCAGGGACGUAGAAAUGCGGCACGGGACACCGCCACCUGAAUAUAAUAAGCUGCAGAGCAUUGGGGUCCUUGUGUGUCCUUGCUGCUGGUGGUCAUCAACGUAGAGUUAAGAGUAUAAUACCAGACAGACGGAGUAUGCAUCCUCGAAAUUGUCAUGCUGUUCUUGUACAGAGACUAGUGGAAGGAAACGAAGAAAAGAUGAAUCAAUGAGGGCUCAACUCAACAAAUUUGUCUUGGGCUAUUAGUCUACUAACCACCACCUUGUGUUCAUCAGUUUGUUGGAUGGUACAGAACCGUACCGAAUACUCCUACACUAGUAGUUGAGCUCAUCUCCGUAGUAGUCCUAGUUUAGAUGGAGAUUUUUGUUUGUGCCCGUGCUGUAGUGGACCACCAGUGCCUGUUCUGUUUAGGAUUCUUGACGGUUGUAUGGAUGGAUGGGCAAAGGCAAGGAAAGGACGAAGAGGAAUUAUAUACGGCCAUGAUGGCUGCCAGCCAGCCAGCUAGCCGGCCGUUGGCAGCAGCUCCGAUCCCCCGGACUGAUGAGUGAGCGGAGUGGAAGAGUGGAGGAUGAGCGAGUGACAGCUAACUGCCUGACUGCCUGUCCAGCACUCCCGGCCCGUCCCCGGUCCAUCCGUGACUAGUUUAACUGCCUGCUGCUGCUUCACAGACAGGCACAGCUUCCCUUCCGUUCUUCGGUGGACGAUGACGAUCCCAUCCAUGAUCCAUGCCUCCCAUGCAUGGACGGAGGACAGCUUUGAAACGGCACUGUAGGAGGAGGAGGAGGCAGUAACACGGAACACAAGGGAUGGACGACAUGGGACGUUGGUGGAGUCUCCUCAUCCUCAGAGACAAGACGAACAAGACGAACGAGCAUCUCUCUCCGUGUAAAACCUCGUUUCCGGAAAGUAUGUAAAUCUUGUUUCUCAAGAUAAAAUUAGUAUAGGUAUAAAAUUAUGUAUUUGUUCCUCCUCUAACAUUCCAGAAGUGGUUGUCAUCUAGAAUAUUGUUCUCAUAUAUAUAUUCUGUAGUUUUUAGUCA